GCGGCCGAGCCGGAGGGAGCGCGGGAGCCCCUCAGGAUGACGCAGUUCCUGCCCCCCAACCUUUUGGCCCUUUUUGCCCCCCGGGACCCCAUCCCUUACCUGCCCCCCCUGGAGAAGUUACCCCACGAGAAGCACCACAACCAACCCUACAGUGGCAUCGCACCCUACAUCCGGGAGUUUGAGGACCCCCGCGAUGCCCCGCCGCCGACGCGCGCUGAGACGCGCGAGGAGCGCAUGGAGCGCAAGCGGCGGGAGAAGAUCGAGCGAAGGCAGCAGGAGGUGGAGUCCGAGCUCAAGCUCUGGGACCCCCACAAUGAUCCCAACGCUCAAGGAGAUGCCUUUAAAACCCUGUUUGUGGCCAGAGUGAAUUACGACACGACGGAAUCGAAGCUGCGUCGAGAAUUUGAGGUUUACGGCCCCAUCAAGAGGAUCUACAUGGUGUACAACAAGCGCUCGGGGAAGCCGCGCGGUUACGCCUUCAUCGAGUACGAGCACGAGCGGGAUAUGCACUCCACCUUUGUGAUGGCUUUUGCCACUGCUGGCUUGCAGCUGAUCCUAAUGCUCCCCCCUCCACACCUCAGUGUAUGGUUGGUAUAAGGGUUUGUAUCCUGGUAAGACACGUUUGUACACCCCCGCAACCCCCCCCCCAAAAAAAAAAAAAAAAA